GCAAGGACAAUUCUUGAAUGGGAUACCGGAAUGGGCAGAGCAGGGGGAAACAACAAACUGCAGAAGGAUCUCAUUACCGUGCGCUGACACUUAGCAGGGGCAGAACGCAUUUAUACUUUUGUAGAACAUAGUUCCCUCAUGUUUUUGAGAGGCGUUAAAUCACAAGAUUAGUGUGCCACCACAAAGGAAGAGCGACAAAGAGCGGGAUUCGAAGGACAAAGGAAAGCUGUUUUAAUUGAUUUCAAACAACAGAACUACUACAAUUGGGAAAACAUUAUAUGUUUUCAAGUACAUUUUUCCCCCACUGAACGUUUGCGGUAUUCCUGUUAGAGAAAUGUAAUGCAACGUACUGUACAAUUAUAAAGGAAUUCACUUUACAGUGACAUUCGAGACAAUUUGUUAACCAUCUAUUCGGAGACAAAGAGCAAGACAUUACCUAUCGCUUGAGAUAAGACUGGAAUUUAUAUUCUGCAAGGACACGGAAAGCGUUCAACAAUAUGGGAAAAGGAGCCUUCCCUGAGCUGUAAACAUGUAUCCGUCACACAGAGAAAGGGAACAACCCAUCUUCAGUGCCAGAGCGCACGUCUUCCAGAUAGACCCGGCCACCAAGAGGAACUGGCUUCCAGCCAGCAAGCAUGCCGUCACUGUCUCCUUCUUCUACGAUGCCAAUCGGAGUGUGUACCGCAUCAUCAGUGUGGGGGGCACCAAGGCCAUCAUCAACAGCACCAUCACCCCCAACAUGACCUUCACCAAAACCUCCCAGAAGUUUGGCCAGUGGGCUGACAGCCGCGCCAACACCGUGUAUGGCCUGGGCUUUGCCACUGAGCAACAGCUUCAGCAGUUUUCAGACCAGUUCAAGGAAGUGAAAGAAGCAGCGCGUCUUGCAAGGGAGAAAUCACAGGAGAAAUUUGAACUGACCAACCCUGCGCUGAAUAUCGCCGCCCCACAGCUCUCUCAGGACUUAUCAGAGGACCGCCACUCGCCGCCGCUGCUGACUGUCAACGGACCCGAGGACAAGCUGUUCCGCAGCAAGAGCGCCGACAUGGAGCAGCUGACGUCGGAGAAGGAGCGCAUUAAGAAGAUGCUGUCUGAAGGGUCCAUAUGUGAGAUUAACCUGGAGGCAGAGCUGUUCACCCUGCAGGAUAGCAACGCUAAGCUAGUGGCGGCGCUUCACGAGGCUAACACUGGCGUGGAAGAGUGGAAGAAACAGCUGGCUGAGUAUCAGGAGGAGACUGGCAGGCUCCGAGAUCAGGUGGCAGAGCUGGAGGCUCAGAGCGGGCGGCCUGAUCCCAGUGAAUCGGAGACGAGGGAUGAGCUGACCCAGACGUUAGAGGAGUUGGAAGCCUUGCUCAAAGCUAAAGAUGAGGAAAUCCACAAUCUACAGAGCAAGAAUUCAGAUAUUCCUGAUUUAGAGAAAGAGAGGGAAGAGGCGGUUCAGAGACUUCAGGAUCUGGAGACACGGAAUGCAGAACUUGAGCAACGGGUGGAGAAAGCCGAGCAGACUCUGGCUUCCUCUCUGGAGGAGCGGGAUAGGGCGGAGAGUGAGGUUCAGCGGGUCAUCGACGUCCUGGAUGUCAAGAUCUACGACCUGAAUGACCUACGACAGAGCUUGGCCAAGCUCAUCGACAAAUAGAGCAACGCGAUGACAGGAUGGUAGAGGGCGGUGGACAAGGACGGAAAGGAAGCUAGCUCUUUUGGAACAAUGUUUGCUUAAGCACAUUAUUACAGAGGUUAAGAGUAGAACCGUGGAUCCACCCAUUGCAGCGGUACAUUGCUCCUACCCACCACCUUGAAAAUAACAAUCUAAUAUUUUUUCUUCGUCGCUGUGAGAAUUGUUGAGUCGACGUUUACACCAUUUAUCUCAAUGUUUUGUUGGGUUAUGAUUCAGUCAACCUGCUAUUAUAGAAGUUAUCUUGAACUUUUAAAAGUAGUUGAAUUGAAUCUGGGCUUGUACUUAAAAAUGUAGUUGCCAAAUUAUUGUUUCCGUUUGUCAGUAUUAACAAUUAAUAAUAAUUUACUUCUGUUGUUUUAUGUAUUGUAUUACAUUAACAGAUAACAUAAUUAUUUGAUCAUCCUACAGAAAUGUUGCUGCGGAGGGUUUAUCACCAAGGGUACUCAAUGACAAAACUUAAUGAGCUCAGUGAAGAACCUUGCCAAGUACAGUAAUGUGAGUUAUGCGCAUUACCCAAUGUGCAACCUUUUACAAAUAGAUUUAAAAGCACAAGUAGUGUUAUUAGUAAAGAUGUACUGUACUUGAUUCAAUGCAAAAGCUAACCUGGUAUCUCUACUUUCACUGAUGCACACCAUCGAGAUUCUCUUCUGACCUAGGCAUUGAGGCAUUUUUUCAUGGUAUUAUUUAGGUACAAAUAAGGUUAAAUCAGUGUUGAAUUAGCAAUACAGUUUUUUGACAAGCACUCUGUAGGUAAUGUAAUCUCACCUUGUUCAUGUAGACAAACUGCAAUUCUGUUGAACAAUGACCACAUUUACAUACAUUUCGGUUUGUAGCUCAUAUCCUGCUUAAGGUCUUAUUCGGGAUAAGCUGUUUACAUGCACCUUUGAUAUCCCGCUCACAAGUAUCCAUGUGACUAAAUAGUAUAUUCCUAAUUUAAGUUCAUAUGGGUUAAAUGGAAAAGUAACUGAAAUGUGGACACUGACUGUCGGCCUAUAACCUCUCACAUGUAGAGUAAUAUAACAUUAACUACUGCAGAAUAAUGCAUUUCUUACUGUAAAAUGGUACAACAAAUGUUAAUUUGUCUCGGGAACAGGAGUGGAGAAAUAUUUUUUUCUUUCAGCAUCUAUUGAGAAAAUGUGAAUACGUGUGUAACAUGUUAUAUUUGACACUGUUUUGCAAGCAGACAGUAGUUCAACCACACAAAAUAUGCACCUGAGAUGAACUGAAGUCUUAUCAGAAGUGUUUUCCAUGGUUUUCUCAGCUUUUCAUUUAACCUUAACUAGUCAAAUUUAUGAAAUUUGGACAUUUUCCACAGGAACAAUUCUUCUACUGAUUUGGAGUUAUUGUGUUUUCUCCCAGGUCCCAAAACGAAACAGACAACUUUACUGGUAAUUAGAUUACUAAUGCAUUCAUCUGGUAAGCAUUACUUGAUUUUGUCUUCUAGGGCAUCAAGUUAUUACGAAAGAGAAGCUGCAUGUACAGUGCAUUCGGAAAGUAUUCAGACCCCUUGACUUUUCCCACAUUUUGUUAUAUUAUUCUCAAAUUGAUCAAAUUAUUUUUUAUCCCCUCAUCAUUCUACACACAAUACCUCAUAAUGACAAUUUUUGGGGUGCAAAUUUAUUACAAAUAAAAAAACGGCUAUCACAUUUUAAAGUAUUCAGACCCUGUACUCAGUACUUUGCUGAAG